AGCGGGGGGAGAGAGAACCAGAGAGAUUUGCAGAUAGUGCGCCUGGGCAAGAAGCCUCAGGAGAUUUCAGAAGGUGGACAGAUUUCUCUCUCGUUAAUGACUUCAGAUCCACUGAACACAUGCCAGCAGGAAAAGCCGUUCAGCUCCCUGGCUUGGCUUAAAGCCCGCUGCUUGCCUGCUCCUUUUUGCAAAACAAGAACCUGAAGUUGCUAGCAGGUUGGCAGGAAGGAUGGGCUGCAGAAAAACUUCGCCGGGUGGUCCCAGAUAAUCUGUAGGACAGAUAUUUGGCUGGAGGAGGUAGCCAGAAAGGAAACUAUGCCCCAGACACCAAUAUUUUCCAGCAUGCUUGGUUCCGGAUGUAGUGGGCAGGUGCAGCCAGAUACAGGAGAGAGGAGUGGAGAUCCUGUUUAUCAAGAUGGGAGUCUCAUCUCUGGAUCACUAGAGGCCCUGAUUGAACGCCUAGUACCCACCACAGACUAUUAUCCAGAUAGGACAUAUAUCUUUACCUUCCUACUGAGUUCCCGAGUCUUCAUUCACCCCCAUGAACUCCUAGCUAAAGUGGGGCAAAUCUGCCUUAAACAGAAGCAGCAACUGGAGACUGGAGUCGACGCAGACAAGGCAAAACUUAAGUCCUUUGCUGCCAAGAUCAUUCAGCUCCUGAAAGAAUGGACUGAAACCUUCCCCUACGACUUCCAGGAUGAAAAAUCUAUGAAAGAGCUGAAGGAAAUUGCUCACAGGAUCACACAGUGUGAUGAGGAAAAUGGAACUGUGAAGAAGAUCAUCAGCCAGAUGACACAGAAUCUACUGAUGACUCUUGCGGCACGCAAUCAGUACCAGGAGAUCAGAGAGAAGUUCCGCCAACCCGUGACUGACAAAGGCACAAUCCUUAAAACAAAGCCUCAGUCGUCGCAGAAGGACAUACUGAGUGUUUGCUGUGACCCACUUGUCCUUGCGCAGCAACUCACACACAUUGAGCUGGAGAGGGUGAGCAACAUUUACCCCGAGGACCUCAUGCAAAUAGUCAGCCACGUGGACUCCCUGGAUAAUCACAAGUGCCGAGGCGACGUUACUAAGACUUACACUCUGGAGGCGUACGACAACUGGUUUAAUUGCCUCAGCAUGUUGGUGGCGACGGAGAUUUGCAAGGUUGUGAAGAAAAAGCAGCGGACAAGAAUAGUGGAAUUUUUCAUUGAUGUGGCAAGAGAGUGCUUCAACAUUGGAAACUUUAAUUCCAUGAUGGCCAUUAUCUCGGGUAUGAACUUGAGUCCUGUUGCCCGGCUAAAGAAAACUUGGUCCAAAGUCAAAACAGCCAAAUUUGAUGUUUUAGAGCAUCACAUGGACCCAUCCAGCAACUUUUGCAAUUACCGGACAGCCCUUCAAGGAGCAGCACAGAGAUCGCAGACAGCACACAGCAGCAGGGAGAAAAUAGUCAUCCCCGUUUUCAACCUCUUCAUUAAAGAUAUCUACUUUCUGCAUAAAAUACACACCAACCACUUGCCCAACGGACAGAUAAACUUCAAGAAGUUCUGGGAAGUUUCAAGGCAAAUCCACGACUUUAUCACAUGGAAGCAGGUGGAGUGUCCUUUUGAGAAGGACAAGAAAAUCCAGAGCUACCUGCUCACAGCACCUAUUUAUAGUGAAGAAGCUUUGUUUAUUGCAUCAUUUGAAAGUGAAGGUCCAGAAAAUCAUAUGGAGAAAGACAGCUGGAAGACACUCAGGACAACUCUGCUCAACAGAGCCUGAGAUUUUGGACUUCUGCUCUGGAUUCUAAAGCACACACUAAAAAAAAACAUUGUUUUUAAAUCCUCGAAGACGUGAUUUGAAAAAGGAAGGCCUCACUGGUUGGGGUCUGUUUUGUAGAUACAAUGCCUUUUAUGAAUUACAGAAGACAAAAAUGUGCUAAAUAUUUCACAUCAACCUUAAGGCACUUAAAAAAAUGAAGGAUUUUGUUUUUUAACUAUAAAAAGAAGAAGAAAAAUCAAGGGCCGGGCCCUGUUCUCAGAGAUGAAAUGGAUUGUGGGGAGUGGUAUCUAUGGUGGUGUCUUAUUGUGAUGACAUCCAGAUCUUUAUUUUCAUGUUUGGUUUCUUCCACCUAACACACGCACAGUCUUAGACGGGCUCAACAUUUUGCAGGUUUGGUUUCCGCUAUCCACCCAACGCUUCCUGAAAAUAAAUGUUGUCAUGUGGGGCUGAUGCGUUUGAAAUCAGCAAGGCUUCCACAGGCCUAAAGAGGGACAAGCGCGUUUCCCAGAACAGGUGCAGAUUGACUAAGGACGGUAUAAGCACAGAGCCCUUGGUUGAACUAUAACCCUCAUUUUGGGCAUCUGAUAUUUUUGAAGAGCUUGCUUCUCCUGCUGCAUCACAGAAAACAGAAGGCAAAAAGCAGCUUCCAAGCCACACCUUGUUGCCCCCCCCUUUCCAUCUAGUGAAGUAGGACUUUGCCUAUGAAAGCUCACACCGCAACAGAUCUAUGAGUUUCCAACGUGCCACACAUUUCUUUGUUGCUUCUAUUGCAAUGGAUUCUACACUGCUACACUUCUGGAAUUUCUUCUCAAUGUUAUGGGUUUCCCCUUUUGUUUUUGUCUUUAUGCUGCUUUCCUGGCCUCAUUUACUUUGUGGAGCACUAGAAAAUUGUGCUCUUGGGGCCAAUUUAUACAGUCAACAGAGCCAAGCAGUAAAGCUUUGCCUGGAGUGUGCCGCUAUAGACA